AUGGCAUUCGAACGAGAACUAUUAAUUGCUACAGAAGCAGUCAGGAAAGCCUCCUUUCUAACCAAGAAGAUCCAAAGCAAUUUGCUUAACAAUGGCCCAGAUGAUAGUUUUAUUAAGCAAGAUAACUCACCAGUCACCAUUGGUGACUUUGGUGCACAGGCACUAAUCAUUAACGCUAUAAAGUCAAAUUUUCCAACGGAUAAUAUUGUUGCAGAGGAGAACAGUGACGACCUUACUGACGAUUUCGUUGAACAGAUUCUCAAAGAAAUACGUUGCAACGAUGUCCAGUACGAAAAUCAAAUUGCAUCCAAAGGAACCGCUAAAUCAAUCGACUUUACCAAUGAUGAUUUUCCGCUCAGAACUGUCAAAGAUGUUAAGGACACCAUAGAUUUGGGCAACUAUAGUGGCGGCCAGAAAGGUAGGUUCUGGUGUUUAGAUCCUAUAGACGGAACAAAAGGCUUUUUAAGGGGCGCUCAGUACGCUGUAUGUUUAGCUUUAGUUAUUGACGGUGUUGUUCAAUUAGGAGUAAUUGGUUGUCCAAACCUAAAGUUAAAGGAUUAUGGUGGUGUUGAUCUACCCAACUGUGCCGAACUAGGCUACCUAUUCCGCGCUACCGCUGGGCAAGGUGCCUACUAUUCUGUUGCCAUUCAGAACGAAUGGAAUGCUAUCACCGUUAGAGACCUUAAAGAUACUUCGGAAAUAGUAGCAUUGGAAGGUUAUGAAAAGUCUCACUCCUCUCACGAUGAACAAUCCAUCAUUAAAGAAAAACUCCAAAUUACUCGGUCUAUACACUUAGACUCCCAAGUCAAGUACUGCCUCCUUGCUGCCGGCGUAGGUGACUUGUAUCUUCGCCUUCCUUACAACCUUGAAUAUCAAGAAAAGAUUUGGGAUCAUGCAGCAGGAAACAUAAUCGUCCUUGAAGCUGGAGGAAUGCAUUCAGACGCCUGUUUUGGUGUCCCCCUUGAUUUCAGUAAAGGGCGCUACUUAACAACAAAAGGCGUCAUCGCCAGCUGCGGCCCGGCAAACCUCCAUGAAACUGUCCUGUUUGUCUCCUCUGCGUUAGUUCAUUCGAAAUUCACCUAG